AGAAAUUAACAUCAUGGCCUCAACUAUGUAACAUAUAGACUCAAUUGGCCCGACACCUAGUUUGACCGUCAAUUUGGAUGGUCAACACCAUUGACCGUUAGUCAACAUGCCAUGUCAUUGCCUCGUCAGCCUAAAAAUCAUUAAAAAAUUUAAAAUUCAAGCUAUUUUUUUAAUUUUUAUUAUUUAUAAUCAAAUUAACAAAAAAUAAUUUAUAAAAAACAUAAAAUAAAUUUAUGUUGUUAUUUUUUGUGUAAUUUUAAAAUGAUAAAUUUUACAAAUUAACCAAAAAUUAUCAAAUUAUCAAUCCAUACACAUUUUUAUAUAAUGAAUAAAAAUAAAAAUCAACACAUAGUUAUAGUUAGACCUUAACAUAAAUAUAUGCAACUAAUACAAUUAUUUUACCGUCAAUGGACGUAUUCACCUAACAAAAACAUAUGCAAUGAUAUGGAGUUUAUCCACCAAAAUUUCUUCAGCAAUUUACUACUCUCGUGCCACCCAUUCCACCAAUGGGUGGAUCUUCAGCGGGCUUCCCAUCCGGUGAGAGUGAUAUCCCCGACGUUCAAGCUACUCCUUCUGUUAUCAACCAUCCCGGAGGCCGUGAUAAGCAAAAUAAGAAGCAUAGAGGAACUUCAUAUUCUUCCUCAGAAAGUUGAGACAAUAAUAUAGCCAAUUUGGUGGAUAAUUCGAACACACACAUGAGGCUAGCACUCGCUAGAGAGGAACGUGAAAUUCAAAGAGAAGCAAGGGAUAAGGCAAGGGAAUUCAUGGAGAAGAAUAGUCAUGAGAUGAUGGUAAUGAAUAAGGAUCUUUCUCAAAUGAGUGCUCGAUCUUGGCCUUGGUAUCAAAGUUAAAAAGGUGAUAUUGUUGCUUCUUACAAAGAUGAUCUCGAUAUGUAAUCUGUAUGAAGUUUUGUGAUAUAUUUGAUGAACUCUUUUCCUUGUAAUUUUCAUGUAGUAGAUUUAUGUUUGAUGUAUCCUUUUCUUCAAUUUCUACUGCACAUACCUUUUUUUGGCUUAUAACGAGGAUAUAAAUUAAGAUAACAUAGGAAAUACAUUAGGAUAACAUAGGAAAUACAUCAAGCAAAAAUAAAUAAAAAAUACAUUAGGAAAACAUAGGAAAUACAUUAGGAACACACUUUCUUCAUAUUGACACAACCCACGACUACUCUCCUCCAUGUAUGGUCCACAAAUGCUCAAUCAAGUCGUUCCUCAUGAUAUUACCAUUAUCAUAUUUUGCAUAAUAAUACAAGUUAUAAUGAUAUAACCAAGUGUUUGCACAUCCCAAAGAAAGCUAGGGCACCUGACAAUGGCCCAUAUUUGUUAAAAUGCCAAAGGCCCUCUCAACAUCCUUUCGGUAAGCCUCUUGACACAUUACAAAAAACUUUUUAUGGUUACUUGGAUUGCCGAUAGUCUUCACAAAUGUAGCCCACUCAAGAUAAAUUCCACCAGUCAGAUAAUAACCUUGAUCGUACCUUUGACCAUUUACCUCAUAACUGGCCUUGGGAACUAGUUUUCGAGUUGCUCGAAUAAUGGGCACACUCUCAGAGUGUUGAUGUCGUUGUUCGAUCCAGGCGUUCCAAAGAAGGCAUGCCAAAUCCAUGUGUCGUAUGACCCACAGCUUCGAGGACAAUGGUUGGUUUCUUCUUGUGCCCAAUGAAAUGGCCUACCCACCCAAUUGGACAUUUCUUCCACUCUCAGUGUAUGGAGUGGAUAGAACCAAUCAUUCAUGGAAAGCCACAUUGUGCAGCAUGAUGAAAGAGGCAACGAGUAUCAUCUAUAGUUGGUGCACGCAAGUAUUGAGCACCAUAAAUGUUGGUUAUACCCAAGCAACAAUACGGUGCUCUCAACCAUUCGACAAGACUCAUCCAAAGAGUCUGCCGAGCAUCCAUAGGCUAGCAUGCGGAACGCAGUAGUAAGCUUUUGAUGUGGGAGAAUGAGUCACGACCCGCAACAUAUUUCCCUUGCUUAAUGUAGUCAUCAUAUUGAACAACAUCAUUCAUGACUCGAUUGAAUAAGGCAGGGGGCAUCCGAUAUCGCCAUGUGAAUGCCUUAGCAUCAUAGGUUGAUUUGGGUUGAAGUAGUCUUGCAUCAAGAGCCUCUGGCCAUCUUCCUUGUUACGUCUCACUGUUUUUCGUGUUUAUGAACUAUUACGAGAUCAAUUUGACACUCGUACUCCCAUUGUCUAUCACCAGCUUCUCUUUACCUCACAUUAGCUUCUCAUUCCAUAUCAUAAGCUUCUCUAUCAAGGCCAUGAAGUUAAAAUAGUUUUGGGUGACUAGAGAGGAGAAUGGAGGAUCAAGGUUUUUUUUUUCCCAGGAAAGAAGAUUGAAUGGUAGAUGAGUUCCAAGACCACAUUUGGUGGUUCAUUUAUAGAAACCCGAAAUGAUUUCUUCUACAAUAAUGUUCAAAGUUGAAUGAACAGCUGAUGACACAAUUCAUUAUGAUUAAAGCUGUUUGAACAGUUGACGACACACUUCAUGUGAAUAAAGCUGAAUGAAUAGUUGAUGACACCAUUCAUUCUGAUUAAAGUUAAAUGAAUAGUUGAUGGCAGGGUCAAAUGCAUCAGUUGCCAUUUAAAUAUAGUGUAUGUUGCAUACUAACCAUCUAACUUGUUUUUGUUGCAACUAUAUUAUAUAAGUUGAAUUGCAGUUGCAACUAAACCAUAUAAAUCGAAUUCUAGUUGCACCGUCACAAUUUCCGUGUAUACCAAAUGGGAAUAAUGGUGCCACCGUAUCAAGAAAAUAAAAUUUAUUAAAUCAUUUUGAACAAAUGUCUAAAUGACCAUUUUGAAUAAUUAUUCAUCUUUCCCUCUCUCUCCUUUUUUGCUUCUCUUUGUGCUCCUCCUAUUGAUUCUCACAAUCAUCUUCCUUUGCCUUCCUUUCUUCAUGAAUAAUUGUGAGUUGAUUAUUGAAGUCAACCGUGAGCUGCGCACAUGAGGAGGAUGAUCUCGGUCUGAAUUUAAAAGGAAUCCUCUCAUUUUGUUUUGGAAGCAGUCAACCUUGCAGCGAAUUAAAGAAGAAAGUAAUAUUUAAGUGGUAUCCUACAUUAUUUGAUUGGGCCAUUACGUAAAUAUAUAUUUCAUUAGACUACAAUUCGUAUGUUCUUUUAUUUUAAAUCCAAUUAUAACAGUAAAAAGCUAUUCUUUAUUCCAAUUAUUUUCAAAAACUAAAGUUAAACUCAAUUACGGGCUCUCUUAUCUAAUAAGAUAUAUCGUGAGAGAUUUGUAUAGCCGUGUUAGAUACCAAAUGUAUUUGACAAUUUUUUAGAAUACAAAACACGUCAUGUGCUUUUGUUAGAAUUUGUACAAGUCAGAUAUUUUCUUAUUAAGUAAUUAUUUUCUUAUUAAUUUAAUUUUUAAAAGAUGAUACCCUAUCUAAAAUCAUUGGUACCACCACUAAUUGUAAAUAAUUUUUACCGGACGUAACUUUAGUUUUAAAAAUUAUAAGCUUCUCCUUUCUAAUAUAUUUUCUAAAAUAUU